GGAGAAAUAGAAUCUCCUUUAAUUCCCCUGAAAAUAAAGUGGAGGGUUCGCAUGGUGGAUCUAUCUAGAGAUAGGGCAAUAUAUAAGUCCUACAAGACCCCGAGCAUAGCUAUGAAAAGUGCCAAGCUACUUCUUCAAUUACUUGGGCAACUGAACUAUCGGUUUCAUACUUCAAGAUGCAUUUUCAAUUGAGCACCAUUCUUUCAAUUGCUUCAGCUGCAGUUGCAGUUGCAAGCCCAACGCCACAGGACGAUUCAUGGGAUCAAGCGCUCGCUCGUCGAGGUCACCCAAAGCACAAAUCAGCAAGGCCAAACGUGCAAUUCCAUCCCAAGAGUCUAGACACACCUGCACCUUCUCCGGCAGCUAGAACCAAGACUUGCUAUGUCAAGAGUUCCGGCAAUGGAACAGAUGACUCUCCAGCCAUUAUGAGCGCACUUCACGAGUGCAACAACGGUGGUCAUGUAAUUUUCAGUAAAGGCGUGACAUACUUGAUUGGCACAGCAAUGGACUGGACUUUCCUCAAGCACAUUGAUCUCGACAUUCAGGGUGAACUUCUCUUCUCAGACGAUACGGCAUAUUGGGAAGCCAAUUCCUUCAAAUUCGUCUUCCAAAAUGCCACCUCGUUCUUCAAGCUUGGAGGAGAGGACGUCUUCAUGUAUGGUGGUGGCACCCUCAAUGGAAAUGGACAAACCUGGUACGAUUAUUACGCCAGCAACAUCUAUGCACUCAGACCAGUCCUUAUCGGAAUUGAUGGACUCAAGGACUCUAUCUUGUCAGAUUUGGUUCUACGUUAUUCACCACAGUACUACAACUUCAUUGCAAAUUCAAGCAAUGUUGUAUACAACAACAUCAACAUUGCCGGUGGAAGCUCGAGCAAAAACCCUGCAAAGAACACUGAUGGAUGGGAUACAUACAGAAGUGAUAACAUUGUUAUCCAGAACUCUGUUAUCAACAAUGGAGAUGAUUGUGUUUCUUUCAAGCCCAACAGCACCAACAUUUUAGUUCAAAACCUUUUCUGCAAUGGUUCUCACGGAAUUUCCGUUGGAUCCCUUGGUCAAUAUCCUGGAGAAUUUGAUAUUGUUGAAAACGUAUACGUCUACAACACCUCAUUGCACAACGCCACCGACGGUGCACGUAUCAAGGUUUGGCCAAACACUGCAUCAGCUCUCAGUGGUGAUCUCCAAGGAGGCGGAGGAUCUGGUAGAGUAAACAACAUCACCUACGAUACAAUGUACAUCGACAAUGUCGAUUACGCCAUCGAAGUCGACCAAUGCUACGGUCAAAAGAACCUCACUCUCUGUCUCGAAUUCCCUUCCCCUCUCACCAUCACCGAUAUCAUCUUCAGAAACUUCACCGGAAAAACCAGCACCAAAUACCAGCCACAAAUUGGUACAUUUGCUUGUUCGAGCACGUCAGUUUGUAACAAUAUUGUGGCGAGUGGCAUUGAUGUGUUGAGUCCUAAGGGUGUAGACGAGGCUUACUGUCUUAACGUCAACGAGACCGCUUUGGAUAUUACUUGUACUACCGAUUUUUUGGGAUUUAAUUAGGUGGAUGGAUCUCUGUAGCUCCUGGCUACUGCGAAGAGACGGUGUAUACUUUAAAUGAUGUUAUGUUAAUAUUACAAAUUUGUUAAGAUAAAUGGAUCUAGACGCGUGAAGUCGGUCUGCUGCACGAUGCUUUAUUAUCUUAUCAUACAAGUGUACAACUUCUAUGAAUCCCCCUUUCAUCUCACGAUUUUUUUUAUGUUGCUUCUCUCAAAAACCUCACAUCUCUCUUCCAAACUUACAAAUUCACACAUCACUCAAUCAAUGCAGCUCAAUCCCGAACGAUCCGUUCCUCUACUUCGUAAUUUACCUAAGGUUUUCCUCAAAUUUCCAUCCGAAACUUCCUUCUUAUCGCUGAACAAAUCUCUCGGAGCAACAAAACUCGUAUUUAAAGUUUUGUUUAACGUUUGUUCCAUUUAUUUUUGUCUCCACUCUCCCCUUUUCUUUUUAAACUUAUUUAAGGUUCCAAUUAAAGUUGCAUUGAAGGUUUCAUCCACGGUCCACCAGUGGAUACAUGAACUGAUAGGACACUGCAAAAAUGGGCUUGUAAAUAUCUCAGGAAUUGUGAUAAUGAUUUGUUAGAGAUAAAUAAACAAUGAGAAGACAGAUUCUGAUAUCAAAUAAUUGA